AUAUGUAAACAUUCCUUUCACCUGAGCUAGGCUGUGAAGCGAAGAGCUGGUUCAGAACACAAAAUAUCAACAAAAACUUUCAACAAAAUAUACGUAUUGUGAUUUAUUUUCACAACAAUUAACAAGAUUUUAAGAUAUGUGAUAGGUCAAGUCGAAAACAUACAAUAUUUUCCGACCCUAGGUCAAAUUUUAACAAGACAGUUAAAUUAAAACAAAUAAACCAGUGGAAAAUGACAGUAAAUCAAAGUGCCGAGAUUGAUGAAGUGACACAGAGUGAUCGAUCUAGUAACCUUGUUAUGCAUGACCUGGACAUGCAGGAGGGUCUGGACACCCUCAACUCCAAUCAACAGGUUGUUCUAAUGACGGAUGGAAAUCAACAGGUUGUGAUCACUAGUGAAGCCCAGCUAGGAGAUGGAGUUCUUCAUGUUCAAGGAGAUAAUCAAACCUAUAUUCUUCAUACCACGAAAACCGAACCAGAAGAUCUUAGCUUUAGUAUAGACAGGGAGGGGGAGGGUUUAAGACAAAGCAUUGAUUUGGAAGCCGGCGCCCAAGCAAUUCAAGCCAGUGCGGCUACAGCAGUUCAAAAUGUCUUGAGAUCCUUGAAAGAGUCUGACAAAUCAAUUCUAAAUCAAAUUUUGCCUCAGCAUAUUUUAGAAGAUCAUAUUAGUGAUGGAUCAAGGGCUAUGAGUAUAACUGGAGACAUGCUACUGGAGGACCAGGCCAGGUCAGACUCAGGGUUGGAUGACAUGCCGGAGACUUUAACUAACUAUUCUCCAGGGUCUAGUGGGAGCAGGAGAGCCAGAGCUCAGGAUAAUGGUAGAGUACAAAUCCCUAAACAGUUCUCACCGUUUGGAUUCCAUUGUACAUUAGAGGCUCCGACUGCACAGUGGGUUCGGAAGGAUGAGGAUCGGUGUACAUACAUGAACAAGGGACAGUUCUACGGGAUCACCCUUGAGUACAGACCCAACCCGGCGGAGCACAUACAUGGAAACAUGAACGAGGUGAAGAGUGUCGUCAUGCUCGUAUUCAGAGACGCCAAGAACCCCGAGGAUGAACUCAACGCUUGGGCGUUCUGGCAUCAACGUCAGCCGACGAAUAAGCAAAGGAUUCUGGAUGCAGAGACGAAUAAUAUUUCCGAUGAUUGUGGUAUUGCCCGGAUAGAGGAUAUUUCCUACAACUCUAUCUGUGUCUACUGGCAUCCUCUACAGAAGCCCGCUUUUAUAUCAAUCGCCAUUCAAUGCUUGUCCACUGAUUUUUCUCUGCAGAAAGGAGUAAAGGGACUUCCCAUGCAUUUACAGAUCGACACCUACGUCAAGAACCCAGCUGACGGGGAGUAUGAUAUUGUACAUCGAGAAUACUGUCAGGUCAAGGUAUUCUGUGAUAAGGGCGCCGAGCGGAAGUUUCGCCAGGAGGAGCGGCGAGCAGCUCGCAAAGUUGCAGCUGGAGGUCAGCGUGUUCUUGAUAUGUAUCAUCAAUGCCAGGACAGAUCAGAUUUCUACUCUAUGGUGGAUCUGUCAAAAAUCCCGGUUCUCUUCACACCAUCGGAGAACGCUGACAGUCCCACACCUCUUCCUAUAGCCCCUGCCUUCUCACCCAGCCCAGGAAACUCUCUUCUAAAAUCCAAUGGGGGCGGAGCGCCCGAGAUUAAGAGAAGAAAAACGUUUCCUCCUCCUGAGACUAGGAUGGUUGUGUAUGUGAGACAGGAGAAUGAGGAAAUAUAUACUCCUCUGCAUCUUGUUCCUCCAACUGUGCCAGGUCUAGCUCGGGCAAUAGAGAGUAAAUAUAACGUGUCUGCGACUGCUAUAAGAUAUCUGUACCGACGGAACGCGAAGGGGAUAAUCGCGAAGCUGGACGACGAUCUUCUCAAGUUUUACUGCAACGAGGACACUUUUCUUAUGCAGGUGACCGCUAUUGAACUGGAGGGACUGGAGGGACAGGACAGUAUCAUGUACGAUAUUACACUCUGCGAGAUCGGGGAGUAGACAAAGUCGUGUACAUUGAACAUGUACCAGAAUACUCAGUGUACAAUGGAUAUGUACCAGAAUACUCGGCACUACGCCACCGUUCUCUAAACUUUUAACAAAUCAGUGAAAUGAGGGAAAAAGUGUUAUGUACAUUGUACAGUUAUGCUUUGUAAGGUACAUAACACUGUACUAUGAAAUGUACGGAUAAUUAUACACUGUAAACGAUCUCGGGUCCGUCAAAGCUAAAAUUUAAAGCUCUACAUGCGUAAUCUACUUUAUUCAGAAACCGAGAUAUUUAUAUUCAACAAUCUUCAAUAGGAGUGUGUUUAUUUUCCUAAAAAAUCAUCCCCCUCCACCCUUUUUGAAAAUAUAUUUUUUUCACAUUUUCGCAUUUUUAAAGAGUUGUAUUCGUUGAAUAUGGACCAGUUUGUUUUUCUAUUUUUUAUACUUGUAAUUUUUUGUCUCUCGUUACUUCGUGCUCAACAGAUAAUCUCUGAAGUGAUACCGCAACCGGGGUGUGUAACUUUCAGAUUUUCCCUUUUGGCCUGAAGGGGUAUAUUUUUUUAAAAAGAUUUCUAGCAAUCAUUUUUAAACCCUAGUUCCUGAAAGAAAAUAAUCUCUACAUAUAUAUUUUUUUACGAAAAUUAGUAUUUUUUUGCGAGUUUUUAAAUAAUGUAUUAACCUUUGAAAAUUUGCCUCUUUCAAUGUAUCGAGUGCCUUCUUUUGUUUUUACCUCCGAAUUCGGAGUCCACAAUUGUUGAUGAAAAUGUUUAUACAGAUUCUAUUGAACUUUUUGUAAUUCAUGUUGUAACGAUGUUCUGUACAUAUAUUAUUAACCUUGUAUAUGAAAACAUUUUACACAAACCUGUACAGUGUACCUGUACAGUGGCCUGUCAUAAUGCAUCACUGAUCCACCUUCAUUUUUCAAACUAGAAUUUAGCUCAAGUUUUUAAAUGUUAUUUUCAUCAUGUGCCGCAGUAGAAAAUAUGCUUUAAUUUGGUACAAACUACUGUUAAUUAUAUGAAAUUGCUUACCAUUAUUCCUGCUUCUCUGUUUAAAUGUUUUUUAUUUAUUGUUCACAAUACAACACUAGUCUAACGUGUUUGCCAUACUAAAUGUGAUUGCCGGUCCCAGCGACCGCCGAUAAAUCGGUGGCCGAUUUCCGUUGUUAAUUUCAGACGAAAGAUCUGACGUACAUACAUAUAAAUUUAUGCCUAAAGUAACAAGCUUAAUAUAUAUUUCUACGCUC